CAUUAAAUUCUGACCAAAUCGGUUUAAUUUGUUUAUGUUGUUAGCUAAUUAAUUUAUUUUUUAAUGAUUUCCAUUGAAAUUGAGUGUGAUCUUAAAGAUUCGACUUUUUAUGUCGAUAUUGCGAUAAGUUUUCUUAGUAAACACUUCUUUUUUAACUUUGUUAUCAUCAGCCUGUAUCAACUAAAAUGAUGAAAAUCAACCUUACCAGUCAUACUAAUCAACUCAAAGUUGCUGUCGACCUUAAACAAUGAAAUUUUUCAACAAUCGAUUAAUUAAAAUAUCCAGAUCUAUUUUGCUGAUUAGGAUGGCGAAAUAACUUGAGAAAUAAUUGGUAAUGACAAUACUAAUCAACUACGAUAAGAAUGUUUUUCAAACUGUUUCGAUGACAAGAAGGUAGAAACUAUCACUGGCAGGCACAACCUUCCGAAGCGAAUUCAACUUUCACCUUACAAACCAAAUGAAUAAAAAGUCAACUCUUGUGAUGGAGAAAAUGAAGAAAGAAGUCGAUUUGAAAUUGAGGCGAUACCUUAAGAAAGAGGCUGAUCCACGAUUAUCGAUCUUUUCUAAUAAUUAAAUCUAUUAUUUUAGAUCCAGUGUCCCUGUUCAAAUUCACAUAACAAUGAAUUAUUUUGGAAUUAGUUUGUGUUUUCUAGUUUUAUUUGUCGGACAAGGUUACGCUCAAACAUGCCAUCUUCGAGAACUGGAUCUUUGUGCAGCAACGUUGCUAGUCUUUACCCAAAAUCCUUCUGGAGGAAUUGGUACCAAUGAUGCUGAACUAAAUAAGCAAUGUGGUUACCUUAAAGAAGCUGAUUCAUGUCUGCGUAAUUUCACUCGAAAAUGUACAACUCCUCUUCAACGAGAAUUAAUUAGUUUCGUUAGCGAAGGUGGAAAUCGUUUAUUAACUGAAUACUGCACACCAGGAACCCAAUUAAGACAGAGUUACCUUAAACAUGCCAGUUGUCUUAGUCAAGCCACCAAAGGACAAAAAGGCUGUGUUAAAGAUUUACAAUCAGCAUUAGAAAUUGUAACCUCCGUUGAAUGGGAUCGACGAAUCCCCGCUGGAUGUUGUGCUUAUCGCCGAUUCCAGGGUUGUACUGAGAGUCUAGUUGAAACUAAAUGUGGUAAAGAAGCUGUUGAGUUUAUUAACAUAUUACUUCGAAUGGCCGCUUCAAGAUUACCUGAUAUAAUUUGCCAAGGAUAUGGACCUCAAACCAAUGAAUGUACAUCAUUAUUACCAGCACCUGGAACUUUACCCAAAGGAGCUCGAAGUAGUAGCGUUUUAUCUCGUCUAUUUUCAGUUUACACGGGACUUUAGAGCUGAUUACCAAAAAAAUAUUAACCAUGUUCUAUGAUAAAUUAUCUCUUUUCUUGUGAUCAUAGUUUAUAAUUUUGUUUUUGUUUUUGUCAAUUUUUCAUUCUGAUUCUCAUAAUUCAAAUUUUUUUUUCUUUGUUUUUCUUCUUCACAUUUAUACUACACAAUGUUCCUCCUUAAGCUCAAUUAGUCUUCAAAUUUCAAAUUGAGAAGCAAAACAAUUUCUUUUCUAACAAAUUGAAAUUGGAAAAUUUCAAUAAAUUUUUUUUCUCGAA